UGCAUGGCCGAGACGCCAAGGAGCUGAAGGACGCAACAACGGAAGCUCUGCUAAACGCCUGGCGUGAUGCGAAACGCUCAACCUCCUUGCUAGCCGAGCAGCAGGUCUGCUAAAGGCUACUUCCAGACAAAUAUGGGAUACGGCAUAGAGUUUAGCGAUGAAUCCAUACGUUCGCGAUUCGUCUCGAAGGUUUUCGGCCUAGUAACUAUAAUGUUUAUUAUCGUAGCAGUCACGUGUGCCAUGCCAUUCAUUUUUCCAACAUUUAUGGAUUGGACUCAGCAAAAUAAAAUUUUCAUGAUUGUUGCUUGUUGUGUUUAUGCCGUAAUGGCAAUAGUCUUAGCAUGCUGCACUUCCGUUCGAAGAUCGUUUCCUCUAAACAUAAUCGUUUUGGGUAUAUUUACUUUGGCAAGUGGUUGCAUGACAAUGGCCGUAACUGCGACCUAUAAUGUACAGUCUGUAUUAUUAGCAUUUUGUAUCACAACGGGUGUAUCAGCUGCUAUAGCAAUAUUUGCAAUAACUACAAAAAGGGAUAUAACCUCAUGUUUGGGUAUCGCGUGCAUUCUCGGCGUGACGUUAUUCUUCUUUGGAUUGGUCGCUGCAAUCGCAAGUAUAUUCUUUCAUGUGAAAUUUCUCUACACUGUUUACGCUGCUCUUGGCGCAUUACUUGCAAUGCUUUAUUUAGCUAUUGAUAUACAGAUGGUCAUGGGCGGAAAACGUUAUGAAAUAUCCCCCGAAGAGUACAUUUUCGCAGCGAUGCAGAUAUUUUUGGAUAUUCUCAAUAUUUUCAUGUUUAUUUUGCAAUUGUUCAAAGAAUAAUAAAGAAG